AUGGAUACCAAAAAUGCAACUACUCCAAAACCUUACGAAAACAAGAACACAACAAUCAAAGUUGCGAUCAUCGGAGCUGGGUUUGCUGGGUUGACCCUAGCCAACUACUUGAAUCAUUAUCAUCAUGAAGGUCAACAAAAUAGCGAUAGUCAAUCAUCAUCAAAGAGUAAAAAUGAAAUUCAAUACGAGUGUCUAGUGCUGGAAUCCAAAGAGCAGCCGAUUUCCAUUGUCGGAACCUUUCGAUUGCCGCUGCAUAUUUCCACAGACGUCUUGGAGCCAAUCCAAAGGAUGCGUCCUCGAGCUGCUGCUGCUGCUGCCACCAGUAACAACAAUGACAACAAAAAUCAGGAUUUUACCAGUCUCCCUAACAUGACGCAAGAGAGUGUGGAUGAGGAUUCAUCAUUGGGAGUCAAGAAAUGGCUCAUUUCCCGUCCCGAGCUGUUGAAAUGGUUGCGCAUUAAUGUUCCAAUUCGGUAUUCCGCCAGAGUGGAAGCAGUCCGAAGAGGAGCGGUGUCAGUAGCAUCCAGUGAUAAGAAUUGUUCUAGUUCGAAGGGGGGUGACGAUGAUAGGCACUCCUACUAUGUAUCCAUACGAUCUGGUAGUACAGGAGAGCUAUCGGAAGUGGGACCUUUUGAUAUGGUGGUGGUCGCUUCGGGUUUCUCCCUUUCACCACGAAAUGGCUCCAAUGAUGAUUGGAAAUUGGAUUGCACGGCCAUUGUGGGCGAUGUGCGAUGUUCCAAGCAUGCCUGGUGGGAUGUACUUGGCCUGACGCGGAUUCAAAAGGGAGGAGCUAUGGCCAUGAUGGAUGCAAUGGAAUUGGCCAAACGUAUCGUCGUUGGGUACGAUAAAGGAACACCAGUACUGCCAGUACUACCAGACGACAACGACAAAAGAGGAGAAUCCAUCAGCAUUUCGAGCAUGUGGUUGGAACAAUACUCCCCCCAGUGGAGGCAACUGGAACAACGAAAACAAAAACAAAGACGUAGGCUGCUACAAUUCGUUGCAAUACUCUUGCUACUACUGCUUUUGCUCGUUCGCAGCGACUUAUUGGAUCCGAAAGAGCAAGAAGCUUCUGAAUUGUAA